AUGCCAGCGCCCUCUGAACUACUGGAUCGGAAGCGUAUCCGUGGUCGUCACAUCGCGCGAGCGACGUUGUCCUUCCGUGGAGCGGAAGUGACAAAGCGCAUCCUAUACGAUUUGGGAAAGAAUGCAAUACGCGGAGGGUUCGCCGCUCUGGAAUUGGAGAAGGGCAGUGAACCAAGGACGGUGCUGACAGAAAUGCACCGGAUGGCUUGCAAUCAUCAGGACGAACCAGAAACACUCCUACGUGUCGCCCAGAGAAGAGCUACGAAGCUAACAACAUUAGCAAGUCGCGAGAGUGCAUCUCGGCUAUGCAACGAGGCUGACGAUACGAUACAACCCACUUAUGCGAGAACAGUGGCGUGGCAAGCAGUCAACCAGGCGGGCUUGAAGAACGUUAACCUCUACACGCGUCGCAUUAAGGAGAGAUGGAACAAGGACUGGCAGGCCUCGGUGCGAUAUGCCAGACUCCAGCACAUCGCGCCGAAGGCGCCGGCGCCCAACUUCAUGCGCGGUACGUCGCGUUUUUCCCGCUACUCUAACUCGUUGUUGUUCCAGCUCCGAGUGGGCCAUGCCCCACUCAACGGGCACCUACACAAGCUGAAGGCGGCGCCUACGGCCCUGUGCGUAGCUUGCUUCGACGCCGACGAAACGGUCGACCACUUCCUGUUCGACUGCCCGGCCUAUGAUCGCCAGAGGGAGGCACUGCGAGCCGCCGCGGGUGAAGACUGGGACACCGAAGGACACCUCUUAGGAGACGAGACGAUGGCCGCACACACGGUGGCGUUCAUUCACACGACGGGACGAUUCGCGAAGGAGCGAGGGGAGUGGGUCCGCGACCAGGGACAAGGGGAGAGUGCGGGCGAUGUACGCGAUGCCCAGCCCGCGUAG